AUGUUUAAGGCCACGAAACUUUUAAAGAAAUCCUCACAAAGUUUCUACAAAACGAAAUUAGAAAUGAAAUCGAAUGAGAAGAAUGAGCCAGAAAAUGAACGUGAAUUAGUUGCAGCAACAACUGUGGAGGUUAAUAAUUCCGAACCUUUAAAACAAUUUAGUUUAAAAGGAAAUCAAUUAAGCGGCAGUAUAUUAAUUGGAAAUUAUACUUACUUGACCCAAUUGGAAGUGAGUGAAAAUGAAAUGGAAGUAUUGGAUUUAAGUUCUUUAGCGCAAUUGGAGACUUUAAAGUGCAGUCAUAAUAAAUUAACGGAACUAAUGAUAAAUGGCAACAAUUUAGUUUCUUUACAAGCCGACAGCAAUUGUCUUCAACAAAUUUCUGCUUCUCCCGUGCCCCAGAAACUCUGCCAAGUGAACAUUUCGAAUAAUUAUUUUACAGAAUUACCGAAAUGGCUGAACGAAUGUGAACGUUUAGAAAAUCUAAAUGCCAGUCAUAAUCAAUUACAAAAAAUUACUGAUUUUAUUUUGACUAGUAAAACGUCUGCCCUAAAAUCUCUCAAUUUGUCUUAUAAUCGUUUACGGAUAAUUGAAAGAUUAUCGGGACGAUUCGUCACGUUACAAUCAUUGCAAUUACAGAGCAAUGAACUGCAAUUGUUAACCGAUAAUUUGUUCUCAAUAACGUAUAAAUGCUUGAAGGAAUUAAAUAUAUCAUGCAAUAAAUUGCAAGUUCUUCCCCCAUCAUCAGUUGAGACGGCGACGAAUGAUGAAAAUGCAGUUAUGGUGCUUGAAGACCUGAGGAUUUCGAACAACAGUCUCGAUGAUCGAAUAUUUGCGACUUUAUUUCGCGCCAAACGCUUGAAAGUACUCCACGUAGCUUAUAAUAAAAUUUCUACAAUACCUGCAGAUUUCCUAGACACUUGCAGCAGUUUGGAGGAAUUAAUGUUAUCGGGUAAUUUGUUGCAACAAUUACCUGACGAAAUAAGUAAACUUAAAUACUUGGAAGUGUUAAGGUUACAUUCGAAUCUAUUGUUAUCUAUUCCCUCUUUAAAUCAAAUUUCGAUGUUAAAAGUCUUAGAUUUGGCUCACAAUCAUUUAAAUCAUUUGGAUCUAUUGAGUGUACUGCCCAGAAAUUUAAAAUAUUUGGAUUUAUCAUGCAAUUUCCAAUUGCAAGUAGACGAACAGCAAGUGAAAAUAUGCCGCAAUCAACGAAAAUGGAGUUUGAUAGAUGUAACUGGGAAAAAUCGCUCCAAUUUACCAAUCAAUGGUCAAACGGAGCAAAGAGAAUAUAACUCUGCACAGAAACCCCCUUGGUUAAUAGGCUUCUCAGAAACUCCUGGCAAAUGUCGGAAACUCUUGGUAGCGCAAUUAAGGGAAAUGAAAUUUCGUACGGACGAAGCCUUGUUGGGCAUGUUUGCGAUUGAUGUGCCGGCAUCAGGCUCUGCCACAAAAAUGGCUCAUAUUAUACCGAAGUUAUUUCAACAGGAACGUUCAAUUAAGGAUAACAUAGGCCAGUAUAUGAAGUACACUUUGCUGGCUCUGCAAAAGAAAUUAAACAAUCAAUCUAUAGCAGAUGCUAUACUUUGCCAUAUAGCCCGCGAGAAUGCGCGAGGCAAGGAUUUUGUAAGGUCACAUAAAACCAAACGCUACAUGCUUCGUGUAGCUAGCAUAGGUGAAAUUUCAGCCUAUUUGAUACGUCGCACAACCAAUUUUCAACUCAUUAAUCAAGCCCAAGAAGGUUGCAUACUUUCUUCCACAAAAACUUUACCGGAUCCGACUGUAACUGAGUGUAUCCUUAAUAACGAUGAUGAGUAUCUCGUGAUCGGAAAUGCCAAUUUAUGGUCAGUUAUGGAUGUUGACCGAGUAGCUCGGGAAAUACGUAAAGAAGAAAAUGUCAUAUUGGCUGCAAAAAGAAUGCAAGAUAUCGCGCAAAGUUUUGGUGUCAAAGGCAAUCUCAGCAUUAUUGUAGUACGUUUCAAGAAUAUAGGCACCGAUGUCGAUUUUCUGAUCAAAGAGUUAAAGCAAAUUGUUAGAAAAAAGCCUCAACCUUUAAAUCUCAGCAAUAGCACUUCUGGAUUCCCUAAUGUUUGUAAGAGGACUUGUUGCGAUCGUAGUUUAACAUGCAGACAUCGUUUCAGUGCGAUACGUCCUUUGGUCGGUUUCGGUGCACGCAGCGAUCGUUCUUCACCAAGUGGUCAAAGCGAUCCACCUUUAAGUGUAGUUAAUCAGAAAUUGGAAAACGAUGGCGAGUACAUUUUGGCUCAUGCUCGCGUCUUAGAAGAAACUACAGAAAUGGAAAUGUUAGAUGAAACUGACUCAGCCCUCUCGGAAGAACAAUUCAAAUGCUGGGAAUAUAUGUUAGAGCAAAAUACUCAGCUAUUAUUUGAUAAGGAAUUGAAUACCAUCUCGAAAACUUUCACGAAAAAUCGCAAUGCAAUAGAUCGGAAAAUUAAUAAAACUCCGGAACGUUUCGACUUGAAAUCCAGCCUCUUAAAAUCUAACAAUCAAAAAUUCAUAUCGACUAGUUCGCCUCAGCUUUUGCAUACAGAAGCGAAAAAACCGUAUGGCACAAGUUCAUAUGCUUUCCAAACUAAUAAUGUUCAUAAUUAUCAUCAGCCCUCAUUCCUGUCAAAACAUUUCGGAAGUUCACGUUCUUUUGGUGCUGGAUAUAAUUUAUUUUCGGAUGGUAAAAGUCGUGAUUCUUUAGGUGGCGGCGGCGGCGGCGGCUUGUCAAAAUUUAGUGGUGGACCUAAUGCUGCGUACUUUGGCUCUUUACAACGUCUGAUGCCGUAUAAUUUGGAAUAUGAUUUCAAUUUGACCCGAGAACGUUCAGUUCAUGAUGAAGACGACGACGAUGAUUUUAACGAGCAAGAGAAUCGUAUACGUAAAUAUUGGGGUGUCGCUACCACCGAAUUGUAA